CUCCCAGGGUCGCGGCUCACCUCCCCCCGGCCGAGCCUCCGCCAGAGCCGGAAGCGCGCGCUGUCCUCGUCCCCGUACAGCGAUUCCUUCGACAUCAACUCGAUGAUUCGCUUCAGCCCCAACUCCCUCGUGUCCAUCAUGAACGGGUCCAGAUCCUCGUCGGCGAGUGGGUCCUACGGCCAUCUGUCUGCAGGAGCCAUCUCCCCCGCGCUGGGCGUCCACCCCUCCGUGGGCGCGGCGACGCACCUCCAGCAGCUGCAGGCCCACCUGAUGCGAGGGGCGUCACUCCCCGGCUCCCCGUUCCUGGCGCCGUCCCCCCUCCUGCAGCACAGCCCCUCCACCCUGGCCACCCACCAGAGCCUGUUCUCGCUCUCCUCGCAGCCGAGCCUCCCAACCCUGCCCCCGAAGGCUGAGGUAUGGCACCUCAAGCUGGGCGAGAAGAAGGCGUCGCCCACGAUCUCCAGCACGAUGGAGGAAGACAAGGCCUCCAAGGUGAAGAAGGAGGCAGCGAGCACUACCUCAGCGGGGGCGUGCGGGACCGGGGGCGUGAGUGCCGCGGCCAGGGACGACGACGGACUCAAGGAAGAGCCGCCGGACUUCAUCGAAACGCACUGCCACUGGAAGGAGUGCAAUAAGGACUUCAACACGCAGGAUGAUCUCGUGAAGCACAUCAACAACGACCACAUCCACGCCAACAAGAAGUCGUUCGUGUGUCGUUGGAAGGACUGUUCGCGGGAAGAGAAGCCGUUCAAAGCCCAAUAUAUGUUGGUCGUUCACAUGAGGCGCCACACGGGGGAGAAGCCACAUAAAUGCACGUUCGAGGGCUGCUACAAGGCGUACUCGCGCCUGGAGAACCUCAAGACCCACCUUCGAUCUCACACGGGGGAGAAGCCGUACAUGUGCGAAUUCCCCGGAUGUACGAAGGCCUUUUCCAACGCUUCGGACAGAGCCAAGCACCAGAAUCGCACGCAUUCGAACGAGAAACCGUACGUGUGCAAGGCCCCGGGCUGCACCAAGCGCUACACCGACCCUUCGUCCCUGAGGAAGCACGUGAAGACGGUGCACGGCGCGGACUUCUACGCCUCCAAGAAGCACAAGGGCAACGACCACCCGAGCGCCAAUCCCGGAGGAGGCGGCGGCGAAGGCAAGGACGGCGGCGCGACGCAUCCCGAGGGCUCGCCGCACUCCGACGGCGGCAAGGGUGGAUCCCUGUCCAGUCCUUCGGAGCCGACGUCGCCGGGGCAGCAGCACAGCCCCAACAUGGAGACGGUGGUGGGCGGCGCCACGCCCAUGGACCAGAGCCGGCUGCUGGACGGCCCCAUCAGCGACAACAACGUGACGACCACCGGCGGCUACGAGAGCGUCCUAGAGCAGGAGGAGGUGUGGGACACCGUGGAGGACGACCUCGACGCCAGCGUGGACCUCCCGGUGGGCGUGGCGAGCCUGAACGGCGUGGACGGCCCGCUCGGAGGCCAGAUCAACCUGCAGGAGCGCAACAUGCGCAACCGCCUCAAGAAUCGGCUGCAGUCCAAGGGCCUGGCCAACAUCCUGCCCAACAUCCCCGGCGGCCCCCGGCGGUCCACCGGCAGCGGCGUCGGCGAGCUGUCGCAGCGUAUCACCGACCUCAAGAUGAGCGGCGGGAUGACCACGCCGCUGCAGGCCCGCAAGAACCUGAUCGACCUGCACUUCCGGCCGGGCCAGACGCAGCAGCAGAACAGCCGGCGCGACUCCAACUCCACCGUGAGCACCUACUACGGCAGCAUGCGCAGCGACUCGUCCCCGCACCCGAACAGCCGCCGCUCCAGCGAGGUGUCGCAGGUGUCGGGGGCGUCGAUGGGCCGCCAGAACAUGGUGCCGUCGCCCUACGACCCCAUCUCGCUCGGCUCCUCCAGGAGGUCGUCCGAGAACUCCAACUUCAACAUGGCCGGCAUCGCCUGCUCCAUGAACUCGCACCUGGCCAAGCUGCAGCGCCGCGCCAUGGGCCCCGCCGAGCUCUACAACACGUCCAACCUCGUUGUGCAGACCCAGAACAUGUCGCUGAGCCAGGAUAACCUGCACGGCGGAUGGGCCAGCAACAUGGGCGGAGGCAUGAGCGCCUCCAUGGGCGGUGGGGGCGGCCACUUCGGUCCCUCAGGACCCCUGGGUCCCCCUGAACCCCAGACGCACUCCGAGGGCCCCAGACGCGCCUCCGACCCCGUGAGGCCGCUGGACCGAGGGAUGGGCUGCGGCCCCGAGGGCGCCGCCGCCGGACGGAGGCUGCAGAGACAUCACAGCUACUCGACCUUCAACCCCCGCACGCCCCUGCCGCCCAUCACCCCGCGGCACCCCAACCAGGGCCUCCAACUGGACCAGGUGGCCGAGGACGAACCCAUCGAGAACAAGCUGGUCCUUCCUGACGACAUGGUCAACUACCUCAACCAGAAGGGAAAUGGAGACAAGAUGAAGUCGGAUGCCAAGGACAGGCCGCCGCCAGGGGGGGACGCCCACGAUGCACCACGCCCAGAUGCCCUCGCCGGCCUACAGCGGGCAGCCGAUGCCCAGCCCGGCCUACUCCAAUCAGUCCAUGCUGAGCCCCGCCUACUCCAAUCAGCCCCUUCAGUCUCCGGCGAGCAACUACCAGUACCCUCAGCUUCCCCGGGCUACUCCGUGCCCUCCCCCGCCCACCCCCACGGCUACAGCGGCCAGCCCAUGCCCUCGCCCGCGACGCCGCAGCAGUUCAACAACCCCAUGACCUCGCCGGCCCCCGCGGCGGCGCAGGCCUUCAAUCAGAUGUCGCCGGCGUACCCCCACCAGGGCAUGCCCCCGAACUACUCCAUGCCCCAGCAGGGCCAGUACCCGCAGCAGCAGUACCCGCAGCAGCAGGGCCAAGGAGUGAUGGGCCAGCACAUGUACGGGCCCAUGAUGCAGCAGGGCAGGUACCCCGGCGGUAUGGGCGGAGGACCCGCGGGCGGCUACGGCAUGGGGCAGGGCUACGGGCCCGUCCACGCCUGCGGGCACCUGGCGCCGCCCAACCUCCCUCCGCCGGCAUACCAGGCCCCCUGCGCGGGGUGCCAGGGCAGAGGCGGCAGCGCCAUGGCGGGAGACAUGAGCGGGUACCCUGGGCAGCAGGGCGCCAUGGCCAACUGGCAGGGCUCGCAGAUGAGCAUGAACCAGUUCCAGGGCCAGCAGUACGGGCCGCAGCACCACAUGAACGCGAUGGGCGCUCAGGGUGCCAUGGGCUACAUGGGCAUGGGUGGACAGUACCCUAACCACGUGACGCCGAACGGGAGCAUGAUGCCCAUGCCUUACCCAGGCUCCCUCGGCGGCGACGUGCAGUGCCGGGACGUGAGCCAAUCCUCGCAGACCAAAGGAGGCAAGUCGAAGGCCUCGGUGAAGGGCGGCGGCGGCGGCGGCGGCGUGGGUGCCGUCAACGCCGCGACGGUGGCCGGCGGCGGCGGCGCGAGCGGUGCCAGCGGCGCGGGCGGUGGCAGCGGUGCCAGCGGUGCCCUCCACCAGCCAGGCGCAGGAACGGCGUCGUCUCUGCCGUGCCCGCCGGUGGACAAUAAUCAGACCGACACGAAGGCCGUCGAUACCAAGUCCGUGGACACGAAGAGCAACAGCAAGAGCUUCAUGAAGCCCGACACGUACCAGCGCACCCUGGAGUACGUGCAGCAGUGCCAUAGCUGGAGCUCCACCGUGGUCAAGGAGGAGGUGACCAGCACCACGGACCAGAAGCCCAAGCUCAACCCCAACGGCACCGUGGCGGGCUACACGGGGCCAGGCUCGCAGGCCAGCCUCGCCGCGCCGCAGCCGCAGUCGCAGCCGCAGCCUCAGCCUCAGCAGCCGCUCGCCGGCCCCCAGCAGCCCCAGGGAGGCUCCAGGUUCGCGACGCCGCUCCCCGUGGCCCUGGCGGAGACCUCCAACAUGGUGAUCAACGACAUGAGUUCCUCGCUGACGUCGCUGCAGGAGGAGAACAAGUACCUUCAGAUGAUGCAGUGACGACCCGGGCCCUUGACCUGUGACCCGGUCAGGUCGGGUCGCUCUCCUGAGGCUCGUGACCUUGUGUGUCGUAGUAUAACGGAUGACUGUGAUGACUUAGUUUGUAAAUACUGAUUUAACAUUAAUAUAUUUGUACAAAUUCUUCCUGUGUUGAGAACUCGUGAACGUUUGACUCCCAGUGGUUCCGCCCCAGACUCUCAAGGGCUCUUUCGUGCCAACUUUAUCACUGUAUAAUAAAAGAAAAUAGUUCCAGAUCAACCAGUAUCCUAUAGACUCAACUACCACUACCUAGCGUCACAACUACCACCAACACCCUUAUUAAAACCCCUCCCCCCCCCAUCAGCUGAAUGUCGCACCACCAUUAGCUGAUCAAAGUGCCUGAACCUGUCAAGUUUUCGUUACUGCCAAGUUACCUUUAAGUUCAUUACUAUCUGAAUCCCCCUCCCCCCUCAAGCUGCCCAUGUUACCAGUGUCGGCUUAGAAUACCACGGACUCUCAUCAUUCAAUUGCUUGUUGGCCAUCAAACCACCGCCAAAAAUAACCACUCAUUCUAAUCCUAAUCAUUGGUUCAGAAUAGUUGCAGGUCAGAUAUUCGACCCUGCUUCAUAAUAAUAUCAUUUUGUCUUAUCGGUGACGUAGUAAAGGCGUCACAAGCAUUUGGGAACAUUUGGCGAGUAAUCCCAGUCACGACCUUCCCUCCUAAAGCUUAUUACAAUACAGCCACCCUUUAAAUUAUACCUAUUACAGAAUCGUCCAUUUUCCUGUUCAUAUAAUACAAGCAAGAGGUUCCAAGUAGUUUUCCUCUCGUUUCCAAAAAAGGGUAGUGCUGGCCACCUCGACCAGAGAAAUGACAUUGGUUGAAGUAGCAAUUAUAGGAAGGUUUUCGCUAGUAAAUCUAUCAACCGGAGUCAGAUUUAAAGCUUUCCCGUGGUAAACUUUAGCCAGCUUGGUAAGGUCUUCCUCCCUCCCCUUCCCUCCCCGACUUGACAGGGUUCAUGAACAGCAUGACAAAGUUCGUAGUAAUUAGCAUGACAAGGUUCGUAUUUAUUAUCCGCACGUGUUCAGAUUCCCUCCGACAUAACGUCGUUUUAUGCGGAUCGGAGUUGUAAAGAAAAAAAACGGCCUAAGGUAUGAACACCGUGAUCCAGGACGAGAAACAAUAUACAGUUUUUGUCGGUUGUGAGUGUGACAGUGUUUUGAAGAAGUUAAAAAAGUAAACAUAAACCGUGGCCAAUAGACUGUCUAGUUACAGGGCCAAAACGGUUGUUGUCCUCGCCCACAGACACCUGAAAAGACAAGACUAUCGUGUAUCCUCGAGUGCGAUCCGCCAGGCAGACAGACAGCCACCGCGUGCCAAAGUGUAACCGUGUAGUGUUGACCGAGUGUGAACCGAGCAAGUGUUGCUAGCCAGCGAGCCAGCCGCGUGAAAGAGACAAAAAAGCUGGCUCUGUGAUUCCCCCAAUACCUCAUACAAUCGCCAGCCUUUUCGCGUCACAACGCAGGUCAGAUUCGCGACGCUCGGCCUCUGACCCCCGAGCCCUCCUCCGCCAGAUCAACAGCAGACGAGUGCCAUGCAGAGAGCCAGCCAUCCACACCAGUGCCAAAAGUUGCCUAUGAAACCCGUCCCUGAUUGUGCCAUAACACGUUGGCCAUAUCCAGGAGUCGCUAAUUGUACCAACAAUGUAAAAAUAUUGUAUAUUAAAAAUUAAUUAUUUAAGCAGUAACAACAGUGGUGACUUCAUCCUGUCUCUCCAUAUCUCCAAUUGUACUUACGAUAUCUCUUUUUUACAUAAUAGAUAAAUAACUUCUUUGAAUAAAGACGUUUUACACGGAUAAAA